GCGCUGGAGGUUGUCAGCUUCAUCGGCAAAACAGUUGGCGCAGGCGCGGCACUGACAGCUGCUGUCUACUUACUCCGCAAAGUCUGUCUAAUAAUGGCCUGGAAAUCCGGAGGAGCCAGUCACGCAGAGCUUGUCAACAACCUCCGCAAAAAUGGCAUUAUUAAGUCCGACAAGGUCUAUGAAGUCAUGCUGGCCACAGACCGAGCCCAUUUCUCUAGGUGUAACCCUUACAUGGACUCGCCGCAGUCAAUAGGCUAUCAAGCAACCAUCAGUGCUCCACACAUGCACGCCUACGCCCUGGAGCUUCUACAUGACCAGCUGUAUGAGGGAGCAAAGGCCCUGGACGUCGGCUCCGGCAGUGGAAUUCUGUCCGUUUGCUUCGCACGAAUGGUAGGUCCUAAAGGGAAAGUUAUAGGCAUUGAUCACAUCAAAGAGUUGGUAGACGAUUCUAUAAAUAAUGUGAAGAAAGACGACCCCAGUUUGAUAACAUCGGGCAGAGUCACACUAACAGUGGGAGACGGGCGGAUGGGCUACACAGAGGAGGCGCCUUAUGAUGCCAUCCAUGUUGGCGCAGCAGCACCCACCGUCCCCCAAGCUCUUCUGGACCAGCUGAAGCCCGGCGGCCGGCUGAUUCUGCCCGUGGGCCCGGCGGGGGGGAACCAGAUGCUGGAACAGUACGACAAGAUGGAGGACGGCAGCACCAAAAUGAAGCCCUUGAUGGGGGUGAUUUAUGUGCCUUUAACAGACAGAGACAAGCAGUGGUCCAGGUGGAAGUGACUUCCUUCUCUCCCUCCUCCCCCUCUCUCCUUCUCACAGUGGCAAAGGGAUGAACUUUGAAGAGGAAGACUGUCCAUAAAUCCACCUUUAAGUUUGAACCUGGAGAAAACUCGGACGGGGUCAAACAGCCCUUGACAUUUCAUUCAAAGCAUAACAAAAACAUGCUCUUUUUGUUUAAGUCUAACUAUGGACUAGAGUUUCACGUUGAUGACAGCCCAGAAGGGUUGGGAUGAAAGACUGCUUGAAGCUCAGCACAGAAAUAUUGGAGAAGGCUUUUUGUUUUUGUUUUCAGGCCUGCAUCUUUUGGUUGUGUAUUCUUUUUAAAUGCUGGAUUUUAGGAUUUUAGUUUUUUUUUUUUUUUUUUUUGUGGUUUCAUCAUUUGAAUUGCAAUCAGUCAUUUUUACAGUAUUACAUUUCAGCAGCAUCAAAGCUGAAUGUAGGAAGAACGCUGGACUACAACGAGGAAAGCCUGAGCCUUUUAGAUAACUCACCUAGCUACAGUGUGUGUGUGUGUGGAUCAUCUAACUGUAGACUUGUCUGCUAACAUAUGAGCUUUUCCCCCCCGCCAGCAGUAGUAGGAACACACUAAUAGGCAACAAUGGCUGAUGUAACUCGCACACGUUUGAUGUGCAGCACUCUUAGGUCAUUCUACACAUAGAGUAAGCAAUGCAUUGAAUCAUAUUGGCAAUGCCUACACUCCAAAGAGAGCGGAGCACUAAUUACACCAACACACACACGUGCACAUACAGGGCCGUGCUUUCCCCUCAGUGAUGUGUUGCUUUCUGCCGCUGCCAGUUUUUCCAUUAACAAUUUGUGCAGGCUCUUCUGGUGACUGACACUAAAUGGGAUAGUCACUGCUUUGCCAAAAUAAACUACAACAUAUGAAGCAAAUGAAUGUCUGUUUUCUUGAAAAAAACCACAUAAAAUUAAAAAGCACAUUUAAUUUUGGGAUCUAAGUGAUGGAUGAUAUUUGGCUUUCACAGUUUCUGGAAUGGCAAAUGAAAAUAAAGAGAUGCUUAUGUUUU